UAAAAGGAUCGCCAGUUGUCCUAUUUAAACACACUCCUCCAGUCCUCCUCCAGUCCUCCUCCUCCCUUCUACUCCCUGACACCCUGAAGAGAGAGAAAUCCAGAAACAGAGCCACCAUUCUUCUUAGGGUUUUCGCCGCUCCUUUCUCACCUCACUGAUAAAAAAUGGAAGAACAACACAUAGAAGAGGUGAAAUCAUUCGAAGAGCUUAAUCUAUGCAAGCCCUUAAUUGAAGCGUGUGUUGCAUUAGGGUGGACUGCUCCUACUAAACUGCAAGCUGAUUCCAUUCCUCAUGCUCUUGAAGGAAAGGAUAUAGUUGUGAUUACACAGGCUGGGUUCGGGUCUGGUACAACUGGGGCUUUUGCAUUGCCCAUAAUUGAAGGUUUUUUGGGUGAAAAAGCACCUCAGCCUUACUUCUGUUGCGUGCUUUCGCCAACUACGGAGCUUACAAUCCAAAUUGCUGAAACAUUUAAAGCUCUAGGAGGUAGCUUUGGAUUAAGAACUGCAGUGCUUGAUUGUGGAGUGAACAUGGCCUCUCUUGUGGACACUCUUGGAGGACCGCCUCACAUCGUAGUGGGAACGCCUCAAUGCCUUGAGAAUCAUUUGACUUAUACCGAAGGUUUUUCACUUAGUGCCUUGAAAUAUCUGGUGUUAAAUAGAUUGUGGAAGGGUGCAUCUAAUGCUUCUAAAUAUGCAAGUGCAAUUCAAACCAUUUUACAUAUUGCUCCAAAAAAAUAAACAGACAUUUCUGUUUAGUCAUACUCUAACAACAAAGGAAUGCUAUCUUGCAUAUUUGUUGCAUCAGAUGUCUGGUACGGCUAGCAUUAUGAUUUUCACUGUUACAACUGAUGCUGCAUAUCUAUCUGUUAGCAACGAUGGUGAAUAACCUUGGUUUUGGUUUGAAGGCAAUUCCAAUCACUGGCAACACGCCUCAGGCACAGCGAACAGCGAACAGCGGCAGUAAAUUUGUUCAAAAAGGGUGAUUGCAAUAUUCUCAUUUGCACUGAUGUAAAAGGGCUUGAUAUUGCUGCAGUGGAUAUGGUGAUAAAUUAUCAUAUUCCCUACAAUUCUCAGGUUUACUUGUCUCGGGUGCGGAGAGCAGCACGAUGGUCAGGAGCUGUUAUUUCAUUGGUAGAAAAGGGUGAACAUAACUAUCGUGUGAUGAUUCAGGAAUUUUUAGGCAAACGGAUCAGGAAGCGUCCCGCCAAGAAGAAUGAUGUGAUGUUCUAUCUCCACACAGUUAAUGAGGCAAACAAAGUACCUGUCAAAGUACCACAACAGGAGUAGAUCGCCACACUCUAGCUGUCCUAAUCGCACUAAUGUGAUCUUGGCUUAAACCCUGAAGCUCUUGCUGCUGUUGUCAAGGAACUUAGAACAGACCCCUCACUUCCUUCAACCAUUCCACCUGAUUCCUGAACCUUCACUUUCUUGUUUCUUUUUUGUAUAAAAAUUAAUAUUCUGGAAAAUGCAGCGGACGUAUAAUUUUCAGGAUAACACUGGUAGAAUGAUUUGCUUUCAGUCUACAGAUUCAAUAGUUUUCCAACUGUUAACUGGAGGGAAAUAUAGAUAACUUGUGAAAACAACAUGGAUUCUGUUCUUGGAGUGGCAUAUAUUGAACGAUGCAGGGAUCUGUUAAUUUUUACUAAA